ACAGUUCCAACUUCAUCAUUUUACUGAGCAGUUAGCUAGUAAACAUUGGUAUAUUUGGUAUUUUGUUAAACACUGCUGGCCUAAUAGUAAUUGUAUGGCUUAGUAAACUUAUAUGAGGGAACUUAACAUAAUAGAAAAUUUUAAAAUAUGUCAAAGUUACUAUUAACAUUGUGUUUUGUUCUUUGGUAUGGCUGUGAUUCAAGUUUUGCUGUUAGAGUGUACAAGAAGUCAGAUAUUUUGAGACUGAGGGAAGAAGUCAGAGACAUGUUCCAACAUGCAUACGACAGUUACUUAAGAUAUGCAUAUCCAUAUGACGAGUUGCGGCCACUCAGCUGUGACGGUGUAGAUACUUGGGGCAGCUACUCUCUAACCCUCAUAGAUGCCCUAGAUACAUUAGCUAUCAUGGGUAACUACACAGAGUUCAAUAGAGUGGUUGAUAUAGUACUACAAAAGAAAAACUUUGAUGCUGAUAUUAAUGUGUCAGUUUUUGAAACUAAUAUUAGAAUUAUUGGAGGAUUGUUGAGUGCUCAUUUAUUAUCUCAUAAAACUGGUAUGAAAUUAGAACCAGGUUGGCCAUGUAAUGGGCCUCUCUUGCGCCUAGCAGAGGACGUAGCUCAGCGACUUAUUGCGGCUUUCGACACUACUACUGGCAUGCCAUAUGGCACUAUAAACCUGAGGUCAGGAGUACCACCCGGUGAGACCAGUGUCACUUGUACCGCUGGAGUGGGAACAUUCAUUAUAGAGUUUGGAACGUUAAGCAGACUUACAGGAGACCCCUUAUAUGAAGAGGUAGCAUACAAUGCACUACAAGCAUUAUACCAUUCGAAGUCACCGAUAGGUUUAGUUGGUAACCACAUUGACGUCAUGACGGGCCGAUGGACAGCGCAAGAUGCAGGCAUCGGUGGCGGAGUGGACUCAUACUAUGAAUAUCUAGUCAAAGGUGCAAUUCUAUUAGAACGGCCAGAACUAAUGUCGAUGUUCGUGGAAGCGCGUAAGGCAAUAGAAAAGUAUUUGAAGAAAGACGAUUGGUUCGUGUGGGCUACAAUGUUGCGGGGACACGUCACUCUACCUGUCUUCCAAUCUUUAGAGUCGUACUGGCCUGGUGUACUUAGUCUAGUUGGUGAAAGCGACACGGCAAUGCGUAUAAUUCACAACUAUCACAGCGUAUGGAGACAGUACGGUUUUACACCCGAAGUUUACAAUCUCGGUACGGGAGAAGCUUCAUCUUCUCGAGAAAGCUACCCUCUACGUCCAGAACUCAUUGAAUCCAUCAUGUAUCUGUAUAGAGAUACCAGAGACCCGAUACUGUUGCAAAUGGGAGAAGAUAUACUAAGGAGUAUACAACAUAGUGCCAGGACGCCGUGCGGGUAUGCUACGAUCAAAGAUGUAAGAGAUCACCGGAAAGAGGAUCGCAUGGAAUCGUUUUUCCUUGCCGAAACAACAAAGUAUCUGUACCUACUGUUUGAUCCUGACAACUUCAUCCACAACCCUGGCGUUCACGGCACGGUCAUCAACACUCCCAAUGGAGAAUGUAUUGUGGAUCUCGGCGGAUAUAUAUUCAAUACUGAAGCGCAUCCGAUUGAUCCCACUAUGCUUUACUGCUGCCAUGAGGCUAGACAAGGGAUUAAUAUAAGUGAGGUUCAUAGAAUAUAUCAGAUGCUAGAGGAUGAAGACAAUAUAAAAUUCAUGACGACAUUAGAAGGCUCAGAAAAUAAAGAUCCAAAAAAUGAAACAGUUGCUUCUGAACCUAAACAAGAAGAAGCUAGUAUUCCAGAAGAAAUCAAAGGAGAAGGAACAGUUGAAAAAGUUGAUCAAAAUCAAGUUCUUAUAAAGACUGAAACGAGAACUGGCUAUGUCAACAUUGAUGGGACAGAAAGAGAAAAAACAAAGAAUGAAUCGACCCUUAGAGAUUUAGUUAAAGAACGUAUCAACAGUUACUAUAAUGGUACUAUUCCAGAAGCUGAUGUAGAAACAGUUCCGUCGUCGUCCGAAAAUAAUACUCCCGCUAACUAUGAAGGGAAAUUUGAGGUCGAUGAUAUAAUUGUCCCACAAAGCCAGCCGGAACAGGAACCACUGCAGACGCCGAGCGAAACGAAAGCUAAGGAGACGUUUAAAAUAUUACCAAAAGUUAUACAAGACUUUUUAAGCAGUGAUUGGAAAUCCAAGACGAAAUGUGAGCCUCAACACAUGUUAGAACGAAUACGUAAGGAGAAUAGAUAUCCACCUCACCCGGACUAUAACAAAUACGAAUUACUGUUAACGCCAGCGCCAUCGUUUUUACAGAGGAUAUCAUUAGCUGGAGAGUUCCUAAAUAAGAAACAUCUUGAAUUGUAAUUGUAAACGUAAUUUAUUUUGUUUUCUGUUGAAGUAAAAUAUUUAUUGACACAUC